GAAACUCCAAAGCUGACUCCGCCCACUCGUGACUGUCAGGCGGCAUCUUUCAGGAAGAAGACGAGCGUCAGGAGAAGAGGAAUUAACAUAUUUUUCACACUUUUAAGAAGCUUUUGCAGGUUUACAUCCUCUCGUUUGGACGGAGGCACGGCGUCAACAUGCUGACUAAAGAAUACCGAAUCGUCCUGCCUGUUUCAGUAGAAGAGUACAAAGUGGGCCAACUGUAUUCAGUUGCAGAGGCCAGCAAGAGUGAGACUGGUGGAGGAGAGGGCGUUGAAGUGGUGGUCAAUGAGCCCUAUCAAGAAGGGGAAGAGAAGGGACAGUAUACCCACAAAGUCUACUACUUACAGAGUAAAGUUCCAUCUUUCGUCCGUGCGAUUGCUCCAAAGGGUUCUCUUGAGGUUCACGAGAAGGCCUGGAAUGCAUAUCCCUACUGCAAAACCAGUGAGUAUCACUGAAGUAAUACAAUAUUACACUUACUA